UCUCAUUCCCAUGCUGGAUAGCAGGAAGGCUUUUGCCCUUCCAGGCCGGUUUAGUCCGAGGAGGCGGGGUUUCCCGGGGCUGCGCAGGCGUCUCGUACACCCUGUUGAUUAGUCAGAGGAGUAAGUGCUGCUAUGGCGUUUUAUAGUGUCGGCAGCAAGGCAGUAAGAGCGGCGAGAGAAACCCGAGCAGAAGGGAGAGAGACAAGGACCAGCGUUCCUCUGCUUCUAGCUGAGCCUUUCCCUGCGGCCGCCCUGGCUUAGGCACAUGUGACCAUGAGUGGCGGGGAGCGCGGGCUGCAGCAGGGAACGAGCCACACACUGGGCUGAACUCCUUCCCGGCGUUACCCGAACUGUGCAACAGCCCCCCCCGUGUGUAAAGGAUGGAGCUUCCCGUCCCCUCUCUGAAGGAUGUCAAGUGGAGCUCGGCCUCAUUCCCAUUGGACCUGCUGGUCAGCUCCUAUCGGCUGCCACAGAUUGCCAGGGUGGACUGCGCAGGAGAAAACAUUGAAGGCCUACGGGAGAAUGACUGUCUCUUGAUUCACUCCUGUCGGCAGUGGACAACCAUCACUGCUCACAGUUUAGAAGAGGGACAUUAUGUCAUUGGUCCAAAGAUUGAGAUUCCUGUGCAUUACGGAGGGCAGUUUAAGCUGCUGGAACAGGACCGGGAUAUAAAGGAACCAGUACAGUAUUUUAACAGCGUGGAGGAGGUGGCAAAAGCAUUUCCUGAGAGGGUUUACGUCAUGGAGGAAAUAACAUUUAAUGUUAAGGUGGCAUCAGGAGAGAGCAAUGAAGAUACUGAAGUGUACAAUAUCACACUCUGCACUGGGGAUGAACUAACAUUAAUGGGGCAGGCGGAAAUUCUUUAUGCAAAAACAUCCAAGGAAAAGUCGCGCCUCAAUACCAUUUUUAAGAAGAUCGGAAAGCUGAACUCAAUCGGCAAACUCGGCAAAGGCAAAAUGCCCUGCCUCAUAUGCAUGAACCAUAGAACUAACGAAAGCAUCAGCCUUCCAUUCCAGUGCAAGGGGAGGUUCAGCACCCGCAGCCCUCUGGAGAUUCAGAUGCAAGAAGGAGAACACACAAUACGCAAUAUCGUGGAGAAAACGAGAUUGCCCGUAAAUGUAACUGUGCCUAGCCCACCUCCUAGAAAUCCCUACGACGUUCAUUUCAUACGCGAAGGGCAUCGAUACAAAUUCGUCAACAUCCAGACCAAGACCGUUGUUGUCUGCUGCGUGUUACAAGCUAAUAAAAUUAUUCCCAUGCAUUUUCCAUUGCAUCUAUCAGUCCCUAAGUUUAGCCUUCCAGAAAAUCUGGUAAAGGGAGAAAUGUGGCAGGACUCUGCAGUGCAGCACUGGUACAAUAAAUGCCAGGAACAAUUUGAUAUAGAAGAAUACUCUCGGGGAGUAAGGGAUGUAAAAGCAGACUGGAACGAAGAAUGCAAAAGCCCCAAAAAGAGUUGGUGUUCUGGUCACAGCCAUAUACCAAACUCCCUCAGUCACGCCCGGGAUGAACUGACACAAUCAUUCCACAGACUUUCAGUUUGUGUCUAUGGAAACAAUCUUCAUGGGAACAGUGAGGUGAACCUGCACGGUUGCAGAGAUCUUUGCGGGGACUGGGCUGUUUUUCCUCAAGAUUCUCCACAGUAUCAGGACUCAUGUGACAGUGGAAGUGAUUACCUUUUCCCUGAAACCAGUGAAGAACUGACAAGUCUACCAGCCAAGCCAGAACUUCCUUAUGAGGAAUUAUGGUUGGAACAAGGAUCAAGUAAAAGGAGCGGGCAGCCUCUCACACGAUCACAAAGUGAGAAGAACAAAUGUGAUUCAUUCAGAGGUUCACUUCCCUCUCGAUGUGGCACGUCAUCUCUUCCCUCUCCCGGAUCUCUACUGACAACUAAGAGUUUGGAUGUCUCCUUACCUCCACCUCCUGUGCCUCCAAAAUCUGAAGCUGUAAAAGAAGAAUGCAGACUUCUGAAUGCUCCGCCUGUGCCUCCACGCACUUCCAAACCGUCUUCCCCCACCCCAUCUGUUUCACCAACGUCUGGAAAAAUUGCACGACAGCAAACAAGAUCCCCCAGCCCUACCCUUUCUUACUAUUCAUCAGGGCUGCAUAGACUAGGCAUCACAGAGAGUGAAACGACCAACUCCUCGGAUAAUUCUCAAGUUUCCUGCUAUCCAUGUAACUGGAUGAAAAAUGAAAGCGCUGAUCUUGAAAGCAAUUUGACUUGUGGGAGCACGUCAUCUGAAGCCCUUCCUUCCCGACUGUCCUGGCCAAACCGAUAUUGUGGCGGGGCGGAAGGCCUUAACGUGAACGAUCUGCACAUGGAUCAGUGCCGCAGUUAUUAUAGCUAUCCUCGGCAAAAGACACCAGGAACACCAAAGAAAAACUCUCCAGCUCCGUUUGACUUUGGCGGCUGUGGUUCUUUUACGGAGUGCAACCAGGUGGCACAGGGCGACUUCUCCGACAUUGUACCGGGCUGUCCAAAGUCUGCAAGCUACUCACUAGAAAGUUCCACCGAUAGAAAGUUAUCUGACAAUAGCACCAAGCAAAGUUUAUCAUGUCCCGCCUUACCACCUCGUGCACCAAAACCCAACGAAGGAAACGCUCUCUUGGAACCCUUGUCCCUGCCUAUGAAAAUCGAUGGAGCCGAAGAAGAAAUCCAGACUUGUUCUCCAGACUUCUCAGAAGAACAUUAUCUCGCUAAAAAGGGGGUUCAGGAUAUUUUCUCAAUUUCCUACCCAUUCUCGUCACCGCUUCACAUGCAGCUAGCACCAAGGUCUUGCGGGGAUGGUUCUCCUUGGCAGCCACCGACUGAUCUUUCAGGACUGUCCGUUGAAGAGGUGUCCAAAUCCCUUCGAUUCAUCGGUUUGUCGGAGGACGUGGUGUCCUUCUUUGUUUCCGAAAAAAUUGACGGGAAUUUACUUGUCCAGCUAACGGAAGAAAUACUCUCGGAGGACUUUAAGUUAAGCAAGCUACAGGUUAAAAAAUUAUUACAGUUUAUUAACGGCUGGCGACCGAAGAUGUAGUAAUUGGGAGUACUGCAAAGGGUACUGAUCAAAGCUAAAUAGCACUUGUCAAAGUGCCGGUGUUAUUUGUACAAUCUGCAAAUGUUUUGCACUAAGAAAUAGUCCGGACUGUGUAUUAUCCUACAAAAGAAGAAAUACUUACUAUGCAGUGAAUGGUACGAGUGGAUGAAUCAAUUAGUACUGUAUCUCAAUGCAAACAUUUUAAGACAACACUCACAGUGUGCCUUGGGCAUCACUGAAUACUAAGCAGCUGCUACAAUAUUUUAAGUUAAAGGGAAAAAGCAUUUAUAAGCUUCGUAUAAACCUGUAAUGGACAUUAGGAGCCAAAGCUUAAAAGAUAUAGUCAGGUAUAACGACUUGGCCACAAUGGUAGUCGGCUUAGUAUGUUUUCCUCUAAUGGGCCAUAAUGGAGCACUUGAUAUUCAUUAUCCAAAAUGGGUGACUUAUUUCUAAUUAUACAGAUUUAGAGAAUUAUAAUCCAGAUUUUAUUAUCCGUAGUUCCCGUGGCAGAAUUCUGCAUAUAGAUCCUGUUCUUAAACCUUUUACUUAAAAGCUCACAGUCUGUACUUGUCCUGAACCAAAAGUCCCAGCCAAGUCUCCCAUUGGCCAGUCCUGAGGGGAUAAUGAAGGCACAAUAGAGAGUGACAUUACUUCUAGAAGUAGCAUCUGAAGAAUGUAAGUGCUGCAGUGACCCAUGCAAACGUGGGUUUUUAUUUUUUGGCCCCAUUAGGUUUCAGGUAUAUUCGUUACUGAUGAAGUGCAGUUUUAACAUAGCGUUCCUUAUCAUUAUUUUUAUGUUUAUAAUGUAACGUAAAGACACAGAACAAAACCACUACCUGAGAUGUAGUAACUCUUAUUGUGGUACAGCAACGUCAUUGGGAAACAAUGUCUUCUUGUAUAUAUAAAUGUGUAUAAUAUAUAAACUUAUUUUCACUCA